AUGCUAGCUUUAUACUUAUACUUAGAUCCAAGUAGUAAGCCACACAAAUCAAAAAUUGAAAAUAUAAUGCAAUAUUUAAAGUCAUUUAUUUCUCAGUUUGAAGAGACAAAUAAUUGGACAAUAAUUGAAAUUUCAGACUUUUUCAAAGCUACUUUUUCAUAUUUGCCUACUAUUCAAAGUGAUUUUAACACUUAUUUAAAUACAGAAUUUAUCCCUAGAUGGAAUCAAAUGAUUAUUCCUAUGAAUGAAAGAAUUGAAUCAGGUGUAUAUGAUGCAAAUCUAUGCAAUCAGUGAAUAUUAAUAACAAAUGCUAUAGGAUUGGCUAUGAGCAUCAAGAAUUUACAAAUUAAUACCAAAGAUCAAUUUAAUUAUCUUGCUGUUAACGAAUUUGAAGAAUUUAUAGGCAUAUAUAUUUCUAUAAUAAGGAAAAAGAAAGUCAAAAAAUUGUUUUUAUUUUAUAGAGAUAUCAGUACAUACCUUGAAGAUUUUAACUUCAAUAAAAUUAGUUAUGAGGACAGCAAAAGCAGAGAAACAAUUGCUAAAUAUUUUAUAUGCUUAAUCAAAAACUCUUUGGCUGAAGUUUUUAAAGAGAAUGCAAAUAAAUUAAAAGAAAACCUGCAAGAAUCAGAAGAUAAAUUAAUAAAUAUCAUUGAAUCUGAAACUUUAGAAGAAACAAAAGAUAUUUCUAUUAUGAAAAUUAUUUACGAAGAAGAAAAAUCAAGCUGGCUGAUAGAAAGAGCUUUGACAGGGGAUCAGCGAAUUAUUGGUGAUUCGUCUUGGAAUAUUUUUUUUACAAGGAGAGAAGAUCAAGCAAACAAGUUAGAAGAAUUUAGGAAUUCAUUCCUUCAUAAAAUGGUAUUUAGUGAUGAUGCUGAACACUUUAUUUUAAGGCAAUAUCUAGCAUCUCAUCUGAAAAGACUUUUUAGCGGAACUUUAAAUAAAGAAAAUGCAGAUUUUUUUACUGAAUGCGAACAGAGAGCUAUUAAAUUGCAUUUUAGAAGCCCAGAAAAAUUGAAUAAGACUCAAAAAGAAGAACUUACAACAAUUUUAUUUUCUACGCCUGUUAGAGGAGCCUUUUUAAAUGAGAAUAUUUGGAAUGAAAACAUUGGAAAUUUAGCUGAAACAACAUAUUUUGCAAAUAUUCCAGAUAAUCUUAGUGGAAUGACAGUGUUUGGUGGAACUAUUUUACUACAUCCAAGCUUGUCUCAGAAUGAUGAUUUAAAGUCUUGUGCCAGAAAAAUAACAUUUAUUCACGAAGCAGCGCGUGCAAUGAGAAAAUAUAAUGAGGGAUCUUAUAACCCAGAAAAGAAAACUCUAAAAUCAAGAAAAACGCCACUUCUUAGUGGAAUGCCUGGAAACAGAGAAUUUCUUGCUGAGCUUAAAUAUCUCAUCAAAAAUGAAGGUGAGAAAUUAAUUGAGAAUGCACUUUUUGGUGCCUUUUUUACGAAAAUAAACAAAUCACAAAUUGACUAUAUAAAUAAUUUGUUAAAUUGGAGAGAUGAUGCUGAUAGUUUUAAAAGAUGUAUUGAAGAAAAAGGCCAAGAGAUAUCAAAAACUUAUGAAUUAGCUCGUGGAAGUCAUUACAUUUCAGGAACGAGGAAUGAUAGCUGCGAAUACUACUAA